AUGGGCAGGCAGGAUCUUAAAAGAAGCAAGGGGAAUCCACAGAAGGAGGCCACGAGUAGAGGAAGCAACGAGCCGAGAGAAACCACGGAGACAAGGAUGAGCAGAGACAGGCCACGAGCAAAGGGAAGCCACGGAGGAGAACCACGAGCGGGUCCCGUUCAAGCACCAAGGAGACGAACCGCGAAGCGAUCUUCACGCAGACCAGCGGUCUACGGGCCUAGGAUCUGCAGCGGCAGCUGGAGGGCUACAAUCUGUGGUAGAGAGUCAGGGCGCAGAGGCAUUGGGACGUACCGCGAAGCGAUCUACACGCAGCGGCGGGGCUCAUACCCCGCCUGCGCAAAGCCCCAGCCCAUGGUCCAGUGCGGUGGCGGCAUUCUCACUGGGGACUAG